GUCACAAGAUUGAUAAUUCGCUUAAAUCGAGAGUUGACUGACAGAUCUCCACUCUCGACGGUAGAGAGAGGAGCUGCUGCUCUCCGGCGAAUCUGCGCAAGCCCUAACUCUCGUCAAUGGCGGAUCCGAGCUCCAACACGAAGAAAUACACUCCCCCUAAUCAAAGGAAUCCUUCUGGGAAUAGCAAGAAGAUAGGAGAUCGUGCAAGUAGCCAGCAGCACAAGGAUGGUGAGAGAAGUCAGCCUCUGGCUACUGGUUCUCAGAUGGAGAAAGCUUCCCAAAAGAUAGCCACUCUGAAGGACUGCGCUACGAGUGAAGCUUAUCAGCUUUUAAGCCAACGCUGGGCAACUGCAAUGCAUCAAUACAACGACCCAACUGUGGAUUUAUCUGAACGACCAAUCAUGUACUAUGGAGGGAGUGUUUGGGGCAAACUACCUCACCAGAUCCUGGCUGCAGCAAACAAUACAUUACCUCCAAAGAUAUCGCCAGCUGAUUACAGAGCUGAAGUGCGCCGAGGAUUGCUGACUCCAAGAACUUCAAGUUCUAGCAACUGAAUGGUCUUUUAGACCACUGAUAUGGUGUUUGCUGCUUGUUGAGAUGGCACAAGGCGGUGAUGUAUCAAUGACAUUCUUCUUUUUCGGGUAGGAUAAAAAUGAUUUCUUUCUGGCUCGAGUCGUUUCUUCUGGUCCCUGAAAGUGUAGAAACCUAAACCAGAAGACUAACAAUGACAUUAAGAAUUUGCAUAA